AUGAGUGUGUCUUCAUCCGAUCCGGAACUUGAGGUUGAAGAGUGCGAUGAGAUUGAAGACAGCGAGGUUGAAGACAGCGGGGCUGAAGACGAGGGGGAGUGGUCCCCCCCAGCAGACGAGGUGGCUCGGAGUGGGGAUGACGAGUCGUAUGAGGAUUUGGCAAUGGAGGAAGGCGUGGAAGACAUGGACGUAGGUGCCCUCUUUGCGGGGUUUCGAGAAGAGGGAGACGACGCCCAAGUGGAAGAACGUGGUGGGGACGCAGACUUGUUGGCGGACGACGAGGACUGGCUGGAAGACAUCCAGAUAACAGGCGAGGAAGACAUGUUGGAGCUGGCGCCGAGUGGAGCGGAUGGCGCCACGAAGCCGCAGCCGCAAUUGGCUCCCAUUAUAGCCCGAGGUAAUGGCGAGCAGGAGAGGAUGCUAUCCUACUUUACGGGCUAUAUACGCCAAAUGAUGCGCUCGCUCACUGCAAACUUUUCCAAGAUUGUGGUCGGCUUUCAUGUUCUGGUCUCAAUCUUGCGACGAGUGUCGGACCUGUCCGAGGGCUACAGCACCAAAGAGUCGCAGGUGCUGAAGGACAUGGUCCACUUGGCUGUACGCUGUGCCUCCAUUGAUGUCGGCGGAGUUACCGCGCUGCAACAGAGCAGAAUCGAAGACCUCUUCGCAGAACAAGCUGGACCCUUGGACGAAGACGUUUUUAGAAAAGCCGUGGUCGCCGUCACCAACAAGGAACAACCACUUGCCGUCCAACUCCUGGCGAGAACAUUUUACGAUCUGCUCCAAGAGAAGAUCCCGUUCAACGUCUUCCAAGACCUCGUGCAGGAAGCCCGCAAAGAAGUCUCGACCCAACGACAAGAGCGCGCCUUCCAGCAACGACUUGCCAAAUCCAAAGGCAAGCGAUAA